CCGAAAACUAACAGCUACACCUGCCCACGUUCGCCUCUUCCCCUUUUCACUUUGGGUUGCUCUGAGGCCAGGUGAGUGUAAAAAAAAAAAUGGAACCUUGUUCCUGUGACACUUUCGUGGCCUUACCUCCAGCAACAGUUGAAAAUAGGAUUAUUUUUGGAAAAAAUUCAGAUAGACUCUGUGAUGAAGUACAAGAGGUAGUUUAUUUUCCUGCAGCAGUUCACAAUGACCCGAGAGGACUUUUGAAGUGUACUUACAUAGAAAUUGAUCAAGUUCCUGAAACAUAUGCUGUUGUUCUCAGUCGCCCAGCUUGGUUAUGGGGAGCAGAAAUGGGAGCCAAUGAGCAUGGAGUUUGCAUUGGGAAUGAAGCUGUUUGGGGAAGAGAAGAAGUUUCUGAUGAAGAGGCGCUACUGGGCAUGGACCUUGUCAGACUUGGCCUUGAAAGAGCUGAUACAGCUGAAAAAGCCCUUGAUGUCAUUGUUGAUUUAUUAGAAAAAUAUGGCCAGGGUGGAAAUUGUUCAGAGGGUGGUUUGGCAUUUAGCUAUCACAACAGUUUCCUGAUAGCUGAUAGGAAGGAAGCCUGGAUUCUGGAGACUGCAGGGAAGUACUGGGCGGCAGAAAGAGUACAAGAGGGAGUUCGUAAUAUUUCUAAUCAGCUUUCAAUAACAACCAAGAUUGAUCGGGAACACCCAGACAUGAGAAACUAUGCUAAACAGAAAGGUUGGUGGAAUGGUAAAAAGGAGUUUGAUUUUGCGGCAACAUACUCCUAUAUUGACACAGCCAAGAUGAUGAUUUCACCAGGCAGAUACUGUGAAGGCUACAAACUUCUAAAUAAACACAAAGGAAACAUAACUUUUGAAACAAUGAUGGAAAUUCUCCGAGAUAAACCAAGUGGCAUUAACAUGGAAGGAGAUUUCCUGACCACUGCAAGCAUGGUUUCUAUUUUACCUCAAGACUCCAACCUUCCUUGCAUUCACUUCUUUACUGGGACUCCUGAUCCUGAGAGAUCGGUUUUUAAGCCUUUCAUAUUUGUGCCAAACAUUUCACAACUGUUGGACACCAGUUCACCAACAAUUGAAGAUCCAGUUAAAAAGAAGCCACAAUUUAAGAUCAAGCCUGACAGAAGACACCCACUUUACCAAGAGCAUCAACAGGCAUUGAAAGUAAUAGAUAAUAAAGAGGAAAAAGCCAAAACAAUGUUGGACAACAUGAAGAAACUGGAAAAACAACUAUUCAAAGAGAUGGAAUCAAUCCUUCAAAACAGGCAUCUUGAUGUGGAUAAAAUUGUUAAUCUUUUUCCUCAGUGUGCAAAAGAUGAAAUUCAGAUUUAUAAGUCAAAUAUUAGUUUUUAAUGAUCACAUUGAUUCUGGCUCUGAGGAAGGUCAGCAAUCUUCCUCAAAGCCAGAAACAAUCACGUUGGUAAAUGAUAUAUACCUAGUGUGAACAAAUAUGAUUAUUAUGUAAUAGCAUUCAAGUGAUAGCUUGAUUAUUAAAACUGCAUAUAAUUGCUGAAACACUGAGAAAGAAAAUAACAUUGGAAUUAGACACAUACAUCAUGGGAUAGCCAAUUAUUACAUCAGGUACUGGCCUGUGUUAUUUUUAUUUGUAGCUACAGUAACUUUUUAUAAAUCACACAUUCAAUUCUGCAUAAAGCAUGAAACAUUAAAACAAUGCAUGGAUUUAUGUUUAUUAAAAUUGUGCAUUGUCCUCUCAAUUAUGAGAAGGAUUUUUCUGUAGUAAUGAAAAAUAUUGUCUCAUGUAGUGAGUUGUUUUUUCUUUUUUUAUGCUUUGGGCAAAUAUUAACCAGUUCUAACAGAGUGUUCCAGUUUACACAUUAAAUCUUAUUGCAGUGUGUUAAUUCUGUAAAUGUGCUUUUAUUAAACUCAGACAUGCUCUUUCUCAAGACUUGGAUGACCAGUGAACUUUUAGGUCUAAUUAUGUAGCUUCUGUUCUUUUUUGGCCAUACUCUUUAGUAGGCUUUUAUGUUAAUAUUUUUAGAAGAGCUUGUCUGAGAGAUUAGGAAAUAGGAUAGGGAACCAAGACCUUAGGAGAUACUGUUUCUGUCUUGAAUUUCUCUCAUCUUUUACUUCUGUUCAUGCAAUGAAAACAGAAACAGGAAGGAAAUAGUAACAAUUAAAUAGAACUAUUAGUGUAUUAUGAACAUUAAGAACAUUUUAAUAUAUAAUGUAUUGUGAACAUUAUAAAUGAAUAAUAUCUACCCAAAGCUUACAAAACUUUGUUAAAUUACAUAGAGAUUACCAAGUAAUACUCAAAGUUGCAGAUAUAAACAAAAGAAAAAUCCAACUUAACACUAUAUACAAUAUUUAUUGGUUUCCAGAAAUGUCCAUUUUACAUAUUUGAUCACAUCAUCACAUUUGUUAAUUACCACCAUUGCAACUCAGAUUAUUACUAAGGUAGUGGAUCAUUAUAUUUAAAGAGUGCCUAGGAAACUGUUUUUAAAAGUUCUCUCAUAGACAGAACUUUUGGCCAAGAUGGAGGCAUAGGGAGAUGCACGUUGCCUCCUUGCACAACCAAAAGAACAACAAAUUUAGAGACAGAAAAUAACCAAAACUGCCAGAAAAUCAAACUAUGGAAGUCUGACAACCAAAGAAUUAAAGAAGAAACAUUCAUCCAGACCAGUAGGAGGGGUGGAGAUGGGCAGCCAGGGUGGAGAGGACAUGCAGCAAGGGUGGCUGGAGGACCAGGCAGUCCCACAUUUGCAUGCGGACAAACUGGGAGGAAUGGGGGGGGGGGAGCAAGACAGAUGGCACAAGCCAGGGUUCUAGUGUGGGAAAAGAAAGCCUCAAAACCUCUGGCUAUAAAAACAUGUAGGGGUUGCAGUGGUGGGAGAAACUCCUAGCCUCACAGGGGAGUUCAUUGGAGAGGCCACAGGGUCCUAGAAUGUACACAAACCCACCCACCCACGAGUCAACACCAGAAGGGCCUAAUCUGCUUGUGGGUAAUGGUAGAAGUGACUGAAAGCUGGCUGAGAGCUGAGGGAGCAGCACUGUUCCCUCUUGGACUACAUACAGCAUCACAACACAGUGGCCUGCGUUGCCCCACCCUGGCAAAUACCUAAGCCUCUGCCCCUUCCAAUGUAAGAGGCGUGCUGAGACAAAAAAAAUAUGGCCCAAAUGAAAGAACAGAUCAAAGCUCCCAAAUGAAACAGAUCAAAAACAGAACUAAGCAAUGAACAGAUAGCCAAACUCAGAUGGACAGUUCAAAACACUGAUAAUCAGGAUGCUCACAGAAUUGGUUGAGUAUGGUUACAAAAUGGAAGAAAAAGUGAAGGCUAUGCAAAGCGAAAUAAAGAAAAGAAUACAGGGAACCAAGAGUAGAGGGAAGGAAACCAGGACUCAGAUCAACAAUUGGGAGCAAAAGGAAGAGAGAAACAUUCAUCCAGACAGAAUGAAGAAAGGAGGAUUAAAAAAAGUGAAGAGAGGCUUAGGAACCUUUGGGACAACUUUAAACAUUCCAACACCCGAAUCACAGGGGUGCCAGAAGGAGAAGAGGAACAGCAAGAAUUUGAAAAUCUAUUUGAAAAAAAUAAUGAAGGAGAACUUCCCCAAUCUGGCCAAGGAAAUAGACUUCCAGGAGAUCCAGGAAGCUCAGAGAGUCCCAAAGAAGUUGGACCCAAGGAAGCACACACCAAGGCACAUCGUAAUUACAUUACCCAAGAUUAAAGGGGAGGAGGAAAUCGAAAGCAGCAAGAAAAAAUGAGACAGUUACCUACAAAGGAGUCCCAUAAGCCUAUCAGCUGAUUUCUCAAAAGAAACCUUGAAGGCAAGAAGGGGCUGGAAAGAAGUAUUCAAAGUCAUGAAAGGCAAGGACCUACACCCAAGAUUACUCUAUCCAGAAAAAUUGUCAUUUAGAAUGGAAGGGCAGGUAAAGUGCUUCCCAGAUAAGGUCAAGUUAAAGGAGUUCAUCAUCACCAACCCCAUAUUAUAUGAAAUGUUAAAGGGACAUUAAGAAAAAGAUGAAGAUCAAAAUCUAUGAACAGUAAAAUGACAACAUACAACUAUCAACAACUGAAGCUAAAAAAAAAACAACUAAGCAAAGAACUAGAACAGGAACAGAAUCACAGAAAUAGAGAUCAGAGGGGAGGGGUGGGGGAGAAUGGGGGAAAAGGUACAGGGAAGAAGCAUAAAUAGUAGGUACAAAACAGACAGACGGAGGUUAAGAAUAGUAUAAGAAAUGGAGAAGCCAAAGAACUUAUAUGUAUGACCCUAAGGGGGGUGGGAAUGCUGGUGGGGGGAGGGUGCAGGGCAGAGGGGAAUAAAGGGAGAA